CCACCGCCUAACAUCCCUCUCGGAGUCCUCAGACUAUCAAUACCUUCCAGGAGUCAAGAACUAUCCUUUGAUAUCUAGUACACUGAAAUAUAUUACAAUCAUGGAGCAUGCUGAUCCGUUCCUCCAUGUUCAAGCAGACGUCCUAGCGACGCUGCAGACGACAAGACCUCUCUUCUCUUCGUAUCUCCGCAUCAGGUCUCUUGCUAAAUCUCCAUCCAACCCUGAGCUCCAACAAGCGCGCUCGGAACUCGAGGCGACGCUGACAGAACUCACUGCGGACUUGGAUGAUCUUGUCGAGAGUGUGCGUGCGAUUGAGCAGGAUCCAUAUCGAUAUGGCUUGGAGUUGGAGGAAGUAGAGCGCCGACGGAAAUUGGUGGAGGAGGUCGGAGGGGAGGUUGAGAAAAUGAGAGAAGAGUUACAAAGGACAGUGAUUAACGCUGCAGCACCUGGCAGUGGCCAAGCUGGUGCAUCUAUUAGCAACUCGUCUUCCGGGCUACCAAAUCCAUCGGACUUUGAUAAUGUCCUCUCCCCGUCAGCGGAUGAUAGAAGGGAUGAUUACUAUGCCGCUCUCGAACAACAACGACAGAUGGAACUGAUGCACGAGCAGGACGAACAGUUGGAUGGCGUAUUUCGCACUGUUGGCAAUUUGCGGCAACAAGCCGACGAUAUGGGACGGGAACUGGAAGAGCAAGCGGUCAUGAUAGGGGAAGUUGAUACAUUAGCCGACCGAGUGGGAGGCAAAUUACAGAGAGGGGUGUCAAAGAUUAAGUACAUCGUGAGAAAGAACGAAGAUACAAUGUCCUCAUUUUGCAUCGCCGUUCUCAUUUUCGUGCUUGUCCUUUUAUUAAUAUUGGUGAUCGCCCUGUAAGAAACCAAGGGGAAAAAUUCCAAAUACAAAUCGUCAUCCGAAUCAGUUGGCCAAAGAGAAGAUUCAGUAGGCUUAUACCUUGGUCUUCUUUUUGGGGCGCGCGGUUU